UGUUCAUUUUUGGGUUUGGUUUUACUCAUUAUUUUCCUUAUAAUGUAGUAGUCAUAAACCUCCACCCCAUCCCCAAAAGAAUGUCUCAAAUUGUCACACUCCCUCUCUCAUAAUUUUGCAUAUAAUAUGAUAAAAGUUCAUGCUUUGAUGCUUCUUUGGAUUAACAUGCUGUCCUAUUUUUCAAGCACACAAUAGACUUCUGCUGAAUCUCCUAAAUAUAAAUACACAUCAAUUUAGCUACUAGAAAGUUUCAAACCCCAAAACACUACAAUGGCUAAAAAAGUUCUGUCAAACCUUCCAUCCAUCCUUCUCUUUGUUUUUCUACUCUGCUCAGGUUCAAUUGUCCAAGAAACAGAGGCAGCAGCAGAACAAAAAGAUGUGACAACUCCAAUGACAACAGUUCCUUUGAGAAAUCCCUCAUCUUUAAAUCCACUGCUGGAUCCACAGCAAGAUUCUCCCACCAUCACCACCACUCCUCCGUCUACGGCCGCAGGGAGCUGGUGUGUCGCCAGCAUAUCCGCCACACCGGCAGCAUUGCAGGCUGCACUGGACUAUGCCUGUGGCCACGGUGGCGCAGACUGCUCCCCCAUCCAGCCCGGGGGAGGCUGCUUCGCCCCAAUCAACCUCCGCCACCACGCCUCCUACGCCUUCAACACCUACUACCAGAGGAAUCCUAUCCCCAGCAGCUGCAACUUCGCUGGCUCAGCCGUUACAACAAGCACUGAUCCAAGUUACGUGACAUGCCACUAUCCAUCUAUAAGCACAAGUUCAUCAGUGUUGAACACGACUAGCUCGACUGGAUCCCAUGCUUUCGGAGCUGGCCCAGUCCCUCCCUCUCCUACUGCAGCUGCCCUGCCUAACUCUUGUAUGCAUGUACUGCAGUUCUUGGCUCUACUUUUGUCAGUUUUGCCUAGUCUUUCUUCCCAUAAUUGUGGAAUAUCUGCCUAAUUAGCUUAGAAUAUACAAAAUUAGUUUGGUGUAUAAUUUGUGUGUUUAGAAUGCAUUACAUGUAACAUGUGGUGUAAUUUAGCAAAGCAAACUCCCUUUUUACUUCCGGUAAUCGAAUUUUUUUUUUUGAAAUAAUGACAUUAU